AUGAUUUGGUGCUUUCUGUAUCUCGUCGACGACGCAUACGCAGCGCCCAGCUCUCAUACAAGCAAGGCUGACAAAGAAAUACCUGAUGUCGGAAAAACAGAAACACCCACCUCACAUUCCAUCAUGAAAACUAAACAUUCUAAAGAGGAGCCAGACAAGAUAGAUGAAGAAAGUGUAGUGGAGCCCAAGACCAGAGCCCGGAAGAAGGCCUCGGACCUCAACGAAGAUGACAAAACAAAGUCUCCACAAGAUGAUCCUAAAACAUCCAAAGACCUAAAGAAAACUGCACCUAAACCUAGAGCAGUUGUAAAGAAAAAGCCUUUAGGUAUUCGGAAGACAAAAACUUUAAGGAAUAAAAAAGUAGCCAUUGCGAAGAAGAAUGUUUUAAGAAAAACUGUUAAGAGGCCUAGGAAGGCUAAGACUGAAUCUGAUACAUCACAGGACAAGGACAAUAUCCCAUUGAUCCCAGCUGCAGAUAUUAAGAAGGAACCCAUCGAGGAGACCACAUCUAAUUCAAGGUCUUCAAGUCCCAAAACUGCUGGCAGAAGAGUGAGACUCAGUUCUGAUAUGGUAAUGAUGAAGUCAGUCCUAGGGGAUAGUCCAAGCAGCUUAGUCCUUGGACCCCGUACCAGUCCAUACUCAAUGAGAUCAGAGAGAAGUAAUAGUCCAUCAUUAUUCGAAGGCAAGAACUUGAGGAGCGGCAAACCAAGGAAAGUUAAAAGCAAUCUUCUCAAUGAAGUUAUGAUGAAGGAACAGAAGAAGAGAAGGAGGUUACUCUCAGACUCCAAAACAAGCGAACAUACCGAGACAGAUGAAUGUAGGAAGUCAAAGAGAGGCCGCUCAUGUUCAAGAGAUGGCAGUGAAAUCUCCAAAUGCUCAGACAUCACUGAGUCAGAUAUAAGCCUCAAUGAACCAAUCAUUGACGGUGAGAGUAAAGAACUCAGUAAGAACUUAGAUAAAACUAAGACUGACCUAGUUAUAGAUAUUGAAAAUAAUGUACAGAUCUCCCCUAUUGGAAAAGUGCCUUCUCUUAGUGUUGACUCAAAACUGAAAAGCAAGCAGGAUGCAGAAACUAGUAUACUAAAAGAAAAAGAUAAGAAAAAACUGAGCUUAAAAAGAAGUACUUCAUUAGAUUCAGACAACAAUAACAGUAAUAGAAUUAGGUUAGAAAAUGUAGAUGUACCAGAUUUAGAAGAGAAAUAUGUGUUGAAGACUGAAGAAUCCCGUGAAACGCUUUUAGAACGUAGUAGUAUAUUGAGUAGUAUGUCGAUGACAUUUAAUUCGAAGGAAGUAUCUAAAAAUAUAAGGAAAGCUAGAAGAGGAAAGAAAGCAGCGACCACAUCUAGACCAAUACCUAAUCAAGCAAACAAGAAUGGGAUCACUAGUACUAUAACUAACGAUUUAGUUGAAGACAAACACGAAACUGUUGACACAUUAUCAAAAGAAAUAAGUGAUCUGAUCAAUGAUCUAGACCAAAAUAUAGACCGAGAUCAACAGUUGACCAACGAGUCUGAUGUUAGUUCAGAUCAGUUACAAACUAAACCGGUUAGGCAAUUCUAUGGACUUUCUAAGCCUCUAGGAGACAACAACAGCAUUGUUGCACCCGAAACUCCAAUAAAAGACAAGGACACAAUAUCUGCAAUUUCAAAUGAAUGUACUCCAUCAAAGAAUGAUGAUAGUGAAAAUAUAAGACUUCAUUAUGAAGAAGAUUCAGCUGAAAAAUGCCCGGACAAUAGACAGGAAAUAGCAUUCAAAUGUACACCGGUGGCCAGUAUAGAUAAAUUAAUGGAUAGACUAAAAGAAUUUGAGGAAUUGGAUAAGAGAAGACAAAGGCAAGAAUCUGACUCAAAUCCCAAGACAAGUGAAGGGAAAUCAGUUGUUAUAUUAAAUGAUGUGGUUCUGAUACCUAAAUCUGGAGACAUCAAGCCAUUGAAAGACUUACAACCUGUUAGAUCACCUGAAAAACUAAUUGAAAAGGAGAAUGUUCUCAGCUGUUUUGAAAAUAACUCCGCUAUAUCUAUAGUUAAGAGGGAUCAAGUGAGGCGUUCCAUAGAUGUGGACUUGCCCAACUCAGUUACAUUAAUUAAAAGGAAUAGUGUUAGCGCCAGAAAGGAAUCCACAAGCUCUAACCACUCGAAAGAGUCUGAUGCUAUCAGUAUUUUCGAGAAGUCCCUGGGCAAGGAUGUGACUUUGACCGAAAUUAGGAAAUCCGUCGAAAAAUCAGCACCGCAACAAAUAGACCUACAUCAGUUCGCGACGUUGCACCCCAACAGCCCCAGUCAGGCCCUGGCGAACGCAAUAGAUUCAAACCAAAUAUCAAUAACUCGUAACAGCGACACAAAGAUGCACGGUUCAAACAAUGAACUUCAAAUAACCAAGAAAUCAUCCGUAUCCUUGAUCCGAAAACAAUCUGAAUCAGCCAUUGAUGGGGAUGAAAUAAUGGCUACCAUCGAGAAAAUUAAAUCACCACCCCACAUCAAGUCGCCACCACCUCAGAUCAAGUCACCACCGCAUCAAAACAAAUCGCCAGCAGUGUCUGUGACACCGACGCCUGUGUCUAUUAAAUCACCAGAGGCCUCACAGCCUAAAGAGCCAGAGGCUAUUGCACCGCCUCUAGAUAAUGUUAAAUCUAUGCCUGAAGACAUAUCCUUGACCUCGGAAGUCCCAAAGCUGGAUAGUGCCAUCGCAGAGACGGCUAAAACGGAAACUGUUGGAGAGAAAGUUGAAAAUUCUGUCAAAGAAAAUAUAAAAAUAGAAAAGAACAGUCCUGACUUGGAUAUGGAUGAUGAUAGUAGAUCAAUGUCGCCCGAGCCUCUACCAGAUGAUCCGAAGAAACCAGACCCAAGCGAAAGUAAACCUCAAGAAAAGUCCGGGCAGGUCAAGUUAAGUCCCAAAGUUAAAUCAGCUCGCAACUCCACAGAGACGCUGCCAGGUCCAAGCAACGUGAUAUUAGAGACUCCCGAGAGUCAGAAGCGAAAAGAGAAUGUACUGCGAACUCUCGGCUUAUUGACUCAUAAAGCUGCCAACGAGGCUAAGAUAGAGAAAUUAAAGGAAAAAGAACGUAUCUAUGGUCCUAAUUACUACGCCAUGGGCAAGGGUAAAGCCAGCAAGUCAGAUUAUACAGGCACCUUGAAGACAGUGAUCAAACUCAGUCGCGGGGUCGAGAGAGAUAAGAAGAAGUACAGAAGUUCGUUAAAGAUGACCUUCCAAAAGAGUAAAAACAGAUCUGGCAAACCAACCAUGGAGGUGGGAGACACGGCCAACGAAGAUGAUUCCUUCUACACCAUUGAAAGACGCGAGGGUUGUCCUGGGACAGCGAGUGAUGACACAGACACAGUUCCUGAACCCGAGCCAAAGGAAACAUUGAAUCUGGUGAUCCCGGAGAAGGCGUCUUCAUUCAGCAUCCAUCCCGGGAGGCUGUGUAUGGACCAGUGUUUCUAUUGCGGAGGGAAGUUUGGCCUCUUCGAUACACCAUGUCAUAUAGCGCAGAUGAAAAGCAGCGAGCGACAGAGGAAGGUUUUGGAUAAUGAGGAGAAGCUGACUAUAGACAGUUGUCUUUGCGAUGCGUGUUAUCGUCACGUUGACAGACGUGCAAACUGUCCGUCCUAUCGUAAACGACCCGUCGCCAAGCCCCCUGAUACUCGCGCCCCAACACCGCCCCCAGCAAACAUUGAAAAGCCUAUAAGUCCUGUGGAAGAGGAGAGCGGGGAGGAAGUGUCAGGUCGGUUGGCUACCUGUCAUACUACAGGCUGCCUGGCCCCGGCGGAUCACUCCAUACGAAGAAAAUGGCUGAUUAAGAUGAGAUCUAGCGUCAACAAAAUUUUGCAGUUGGAGGUGGAUUAUCCCGGGCUGCAUACAAUCCCCUUGUGUUCUGAACACCACCGAGCCCUGGCACCGCUUAUGGCCUGCGCGCUUUGUACCAGGAGAUUAACAAAACACCAUGCUCUACACUUCAUACACCAUGGCUUCACGGAUUUGAACCCGCUCCUAUCAGCACUGAACAUACCGGUCCAGUUCACCGAGCGGCCCGUGCUGUGCCAAGUGUGUCGCUACUAUUGCACGCUACUCACGCGGCCAGGACACAACGACAAACACCGCACCGCGUACACCAGGAAACUUCUCCAAAUUUACAAUAUUGAAAUACCACCGGAGCUGUCACAGGACUCGGACGACACUAAGGUUCUAGAAGACUGCAACAACAGCGCAAACAAGCAAAAGAAGAAAGCGCGCACCAAAUCCAAACAAAGAAAGUCCACGGAACCCGAAAAGACAGAAGUAAGAGAAAGUGAAUCCUCAGAGAGAACCACAGAGAGUUCCCCGGAGAAGGAAAAAGUUAAAGAUGACAAUACAAAUAUGACCCCCGAAGAAGUUAAACAGAAUCCAAUAGAGACCAAAACACAAAGCACAACACAAGCUCAACCGAUAGAGGAAGACAUAGAGAGUCUGAUAUCAUCGAAUAAAAUACCAGUCCCCGGAGCCAAACCGACGGAGAGCAGUCCUCAAAGCGACGCGUCGGAGUCUGACAUGGUCUCCGACCAAGAAACACUCACAUUACCCCUGGACAAACAAACAGAAUUGCGGUAUCUGUUGCAGAAACAGAACAACCCAGCACAAUUCCAGCAGAAGAUGAAUCUGACACAGAAGCAGAAAAAUAUUCUGAGGAUUCACAACAUGGGCAUACAGAAACCUGGCCUCCAACACAGGAUCAACGAUAAGAACACUAAGAGAGUCCAAAAGAUAGGACAAAUAGUGGCCCACAAAGAAAAAGUUGGCAGGAAGGAUACCGACAGUGAAACGACAGAACAAGACAAAAAUAAAGAAAUGUUCCUCCUUAAAAACAUAUCUUUGAACGACGAGUGUACCAUAGAGACGAUAUCGAACAAGAAAGCGGCCGACAUCACAACGCUUAAAAACAAAUGGCAGCUAUCUGAAAGCUUCUCACAGGUUAAAAAGAAUUUAAGUGAACUGUCCAAAAAAGUACCGGUUGAUAAAGAGAAGAAACCGGAUUCCAAAUACUCGAACCCGGUCAAGAGACUGGAAACAAAUCCGUCGAUAUCAGUCCGGGAACUGUUCCCCGGAGAGGAGGAGAUGAAUCUUCAGUGCAACAUCGAGUUUAAUAACGUUAAAGGGGUCACACCCGAAGGAUGGGAGAAAUGCAACACGCUCAUACAGUACGACCUAGAGACCAAGAAGCUGUGGAGCGAACUCCAAAGGCCGUACGGCAACCAAUCUAGUUUCCUGCGGCAUUUAAUACUGUUGGAGAAAUACUUUAGAAGCGGCGAUCUCGUUUUAUCUCAUAACGCUUCUCCACACGCCGCUAACUAUAGUUCGUCGGUACAAAGCCGACUUCGUGCUUAUGACAACACGCCUCCAGAAACUACCAGAAAGGAAUCCGUUAGUUUACUGGAGUACCGCAAAAAGCCAUCCAUGAAUGGGAAGAGUCUGCUCAAGUCCAAUCAGAAUUCAGAGGAAAAUCCCAAAAAGUUUAUGCCCCCUCCAGGGAACCUGCCCAAAUCUAAGAACAAGAGCGAGAAAAAGGCUAAAGCUUUGCCGCCAGAACUGAUAGCUAUCAAUACUCCCAACGCUCAGGGAAGAAAGUCCAUACAGAACGUUCUACAUAACAUUCAACAGUUAGUUAAGGGUGUUUCCGCUUCCGAUCCCACGGAGGUCGCAGCCUCUCCGCUCCCACCGAAAGAGAAAAAAGAAAUGCCUGGACUUAAAUUCGAUCCUCCGAAAGAAAAGAAAGAUAAACCCGAAGUUAAAGAAAAAAAAGAAGCCACUCCCAAAAAACAGAAGACCAAUAGUAAAGCUUGGCGGCCAACACUCAUGCCUAUAACUCCAGAUGACCUAACUCGUAUAGCGAGUGAGCCUCGGCGUACUGCGAUAGACGGGCACAGUCUGCCUAGUCUGGUCCAAGUGAUCUCCGCCGGGCAAAGAUAUCACAUAACCUUCGAAGAUUACAACAAAAUGUGCAAAAUAAGACGCGACAGACAACAGAGGUUGCAGGAGAAGGAGGCUAAGGCGAGGAAAUCACCGGAGGACAAAACCGUUAUAACGGAAAUACAAACCAGCGCCUUGCUGGGCAACGGCGGCACCGUGCUGCAGAACAUAGCCGCCGACAAGGACAAGAAGGACCCGCCGGAGCUGCAAGUGGCCAACGCCGCGACCAUACUCAAGAGCGUCGGCCUCAGGAACAUCACAAUAGCGCCCAUCACGCCCAAAACGGCCACGGUGACGUCACACACGCCCUCCGCCUCGCUGACGUCACCGAUACUAGUGACCACGCCGAUCAAACUGCCGCAGCUCGGCCCAGCCGUGUCUAUAACCAGCGAGCUGGCGACACCCAUCAUGCCGAAGAUACCGAAGUCUUUGACCGUCAUCCCGCAGACGGUGGUGACCCAGGCCCUGGCACCGCCGGCCCAAGCGGCCCAACCGGCCCAGCUGGCCGCCUUACACGACGGCGAGCUGAGACCAUAGCGAAACGUUAUACUGGUGGUGUUGAAACCGCAGUGAACCGAAUGGACUAAGAGACAUAUCCGUACACGGGGACUAGUAAAUUAAUAAAUCCUAUUUUCAUAUUUAGUGAUAGUGCGUCGAGCGCAGCAAUAUAUAAGUGAGACGAAUUGAUAGCCUUAUGUACAUAGUAGACUAAGACUGCCGCAGGAAAAUGUACUGUGACCGGUAGCGGACGUGUUCGUGCAAAUGAUGUGGAAACUCAUACAUAUUUACAUAUUUAUUGUUUACACACACACACAUCAAAGGAAUCACACGAAUUCGAGAAAUGAAGAAUCAUCAAAAUUGUCUAGUCUAUUAGAUGAUGCAUUUAUAAGUUAUUCAUUGUUAAAAGUUCCUAUCAUUUGCAUGGAUUGUUGUUAGUGAAAUGUUAAGCGCUCCAUGAUAGCUGUUGUAAAUAACGUUUGUCUGAACCAAAAUUCCUGUUAGUUACGAUCUGGAGACAACGUUUAAUGCUAAGUGUAUAGAUAGUUAUACUUUGGAUAUUGUUGAAACAUAUUUUUCCAUGUAAUAUUAUAUAUAGCUACUAUGACAGGACCGUGCACACCUACACCUACCAAAUAUACGACGCAGAGACAAUAUACAUCAAAAUUGUGAUAGAAAGUGAACAAUGACGUGUCCGAGCUCGUCAUAUAUUUUAUUUAUCAGAACAAAAUGUAUUAUAAUGUAUAAGCGUGUUCCAAAUCACAGUAAAGUGGACAUUGUCACAGUUGUACAUAGACCCGCCGCGCGGAGAGCGGAGAGCGGGGAGCGGGGGGCGGGCGGGAGGCGCCGGUGAUAUAGCGAUUAUUAUUAUUUGGUUAGAUUACUCUACGACACGUUACUGUUAGCUGCGUGUUAAGGCGACGCUUCACGAACCCUUCGCAACGACCGAGUCGGUUAGCACGUUGUGAUUCGAAUAGCGAGCAUUUCAUAUUUAAGCAAUGACGAGGCCUUCCUAAACAAUGAUAAUAAUACAGAUUAUAAUAAAUAAAAAAAAUGGUAAUAAAAAGUUGUACUAAACGGAAAUCUUGUUCGGGACGGGAUGUGAUGUAAAUAAAACGAUAGUGUGUAUGCUAUGAUCUAUUUUUGUAUGAAACUUGUAUAUAAGAACCGAAGCUCCGGCUCGGAGGGAUUUUAAAUCGCACUUGUAUAUAGAUGUAAAGAGAAAUGUAUAAAACUCGCUCCAUGUUGAUUCAGUUUGGUUUCGUUCCGCGUCUGUGUUGUAACUGAUUGUGAGUGAUAGCGGACGCGCGCGCCGUGGCGUUACUUGAAGCCGGGGCAUGUCUCGUUGGGUGUUAUAGGGUACCUUUGUCUGGUUUUGUUGACUGACGAUAUGUCCGUGAGUCCGCGAGUCCGCGUGUCCGCGUGUCGACUGACACUCGUCGGAAGCUCUCGCCUUAAUAUGCGAUAAUUUGUUAUAAUACUACUGUAAUGUUCGGCAGCCCGCCAGCGCGGCGCCGUGCGUGCGGACGCUCACGUUAUGAACAAAUUCCGUUAUAUUCUGGAUGUUUUGUUUCUUCCAAAGAUAGUGUGUUAGUUUUUACAUUAUUAUUAUAUUAUUUUUUUUUAGUUCAUACGUCCGGCGACAGAUAGCGCCGCUUGUCAGAUAUCAAUUUGUCUAAUAAACAUAUCCUUAUGUCCUGAAA